CCUCCAACCCUCACCUAGUCGGGGACGGGGUGGGAGCCCAGCGGCACCUUUCGGGCUUAUGCUCACUCCCAACGAGACCCCCCCAACUCCUCCCACCACUCUCCGCUGAGUUCUCCUGGGCUCCCCUCAGGGCCCGAGGUCCCUCUCCAGGGAACCCGUCUGCCGGUCCGCUCACUCCCACUCCAGCUUCCAGCCGGUUCCGGUCCCCUGCGCCCCUCCUCUCGGCCGGCCCCUGUCGGACCCUCCCGCCCCGGGGCCCCCCUCCCGCCUCGAGCCGCCGGGUGCCCUCAGGACCCCCCUCGGACGGCCCCUCACUCCGUCUCCGGGCCGGUCGCGGUCCCCUCCCGUCCCCCCCCCCCGGCCGUCCCGGCGGCCAUUGCUCCAAGAUGGCGGCGACGGCGGCGGCGGCAGUGCAGCUGAGCUGGGCUGGAACCGCCCACCCGGAGGUCCUGCAGCAACCUAGGAGAUGCAGCAGCUGAGGCCCAGUCCACAGCAGAGCUCAGGCUGGGUGAACCUAGGCCUAACGUGAAUCUGGAUCCACUUACAUUGUUUUGUGAGGAACGGAGAGACAAAGUCUCAGCCUAACUGUCCUCUCCUCCCCUGACCACCUUUUCUCUAUCACACCCCCCGCUGGUUUCCUGACCUAUCUGUAAGUUCUGUGUGUGGUUUUUGUCUUCCUACCUCUUGAGGGCCUGCCCAGUGACCGCUUCGAUCUUUCUCUGUCCCUAGAACACAGGGCCUGGCACAGAGGAUACUCAGUAAAUAUCUGUCUGUUGAGUUAAUGGGUUGAAUUCAUUAAGUGAUGUGCCGUAUUCAGCUUUGAAAAGCACCCGUCAGAUUAGGGCUGCAGAAUGCUCACUGAAGGUGGACAGCGAGCUGGGCUGUCUGAGUGGACCCAAGAGAGACAGCAGAGCUUCUUGGUUGAAAACAUGACUCUAGAGCCAGUGUUGUGGGUCAAAUCCUGGGUCCACCAUUUCCCAGCUGUGUGGCCUUGAAUGAGUGACUUCACUUCUCUGUACUGCUUUUUCCUCAUCUUUAAAUGUUAUCAGAACAUGAAAAUUAAACAAGGUAAUUUAAGCAAAGUGCUUAGGCAGGGAUCUGGCAUAUCAUGAGCAGCUAGAAUUAUUGAUAUUAUCAUCGUAUUGUGAUUCAGAGAAACAGAACAUUCAGACCUUCAGAAUCAUCGCUUCAUACUCUUUGCCUCGAUAAAGGAGUUUUGAGCCCUUAUAGUUGGGGAAGUCAAGACCAACCGUGUCAGGGUACUGGAUGAUUCCUUUUUCUUUCUUUUCUGGUCCCCUCACCUGCUGGUCUGGCUAUCGUAGCCACUGGUCUCUGAGGACCCGAUUUUGGUCCUCUCUCCUGCUGGGCACCUCGUAGCCCAGAGUCAGACAGACAGAGCAUGCCGAGAGCCAGGGCCUGGGAGGUUCUCCCUGCGUCCUUUCUGUCUCUGAGCCACAGUUUCCCCAUCUGAACAACUGGAGUCAGUCAUUUGGGCCGCACACAUUUAUUGAGCACGUGCUAUGUGCCAGGCACUGAGCUGCGCCCUGAGCACACAGCAAGGAACAAAAUAAUAAGUAAAAUCUACGUGAUCAUGACUAGGGGAGAAAAACACAGGGAUGGGGCACAGGAAAUAUGUGGGUCAUAGGGAGAUACAUUUUGAAAAAAGAGUGUCCAAGGAAAGGGCUCGCUGGACAGGUGACAUCUGAGCAGAGACCCAAGGGCCAUGAGGGAGGAGCCAUGCAGAGGGAAUAGCCAGUACUUUGGCUGAAGUCCCCUGGGUGUAUUUGAUGGCCAGUGUGGCUGGAGCUGACAGAGUCAGUGGGAGAGGCUGGGGGAUCACAUGGGGCCUUAUGGACCCCGGUGAAGACUUUGGCUUUUCCUUUGAGUGAGUUGUAAGCCACAGAAGGGUUUGAGCAGAUGCAGGACAGGAUCUAAUUUGAGUUUUAACAGGAUCCCUCUGGGCUCCGAGUGGGGAACAGACUGGGGGGUGGGGGUGGGGAAUGAGGGCAGAGCAGGAAGAUGGUCUCUAUAGAAUCUUUAGGAGAUUCUGGAACCGUCAGUGGUCUCUCCUGUGCUUCUGUGUACGUAAGCUCUGAGAGUCUAAGAUUUUUAAGACCCCAAAGAUUCUAUGGUUCCAAAGGUUCCUCCCCCACCCACAGUAAUGUGAGGUCAGAGUUGUUUGUCGCUGUGUGCUGUGUGUCCGCUGUUGGGUCCCCAGUGCCUAGAACAGUGCCUGGCGUAUUGUAGGAGUUCCACAGAGAGGGAAGAACUGAAGGAAGGAAGAAUCAAUCUAAGGUCCAGAAGGCGAUUCCAAGGUUUUAAAGAUUAAGAAGUUGCUCUUAAAGUGCAACUCAGAUUCUUAAAUGCCCACCCUGAGCUGGGUCAGAGAAGGGUAAGCAGGCCUGGGAUGGAUGAAGAGGGGGAGGAGGGCAUUCCUGGUAGGAGAGAGAAAGAGAGCAAGGAGGCAGGACCCAGGGCCCUGAGCCACAGUACAAAGUUUGACUUCAGGAACCUGAGGCCUUAUAGAUUCGGAGAACCCUGGCUUUGGGCAUCAGUUUUCCACCAAGUGCACUUUCAGUACCCACCUGUGUGCCAGGGACACGGAGGUGAUCGAGGAAGCCCUGGCUUUACCCUCCCGGGUCUCACAGUCUCGUAGGGGAGACAGACCCAUCCCCAGAUGAUGCCCAACCAGAACAGGCAGGGCUGGGAUGGGGAGCCCAGGGGCGUCAAGAGCCCACAGAGGACUUCUGACCCAGCCUGGGGUUCAGGGAGGGCUUCCUGGGGGGAGGAGGCAUCAGAGCUGAGGCCUAAAGCAUAAGUAGGAGUUCUCGAGGAGAAAAGAGGCAUGGGGAGAAGGGGUGUUCGGGAAGAGAAUCUUCUAAGCAGAAAGAACAGAAUGUACAAAGGCCUAGAAAUAACAUCUGUUGGAGGAAAAGUCCAAGGUGGCUUAGACAGAGUUUGACACAUGGCAGGAGAUGGAGCUGGACUGGUGGGCCAGCAAGAGACCCAAGGUCACCCAAGGUCUUGUGGGAGGUUGUAAGAAACUUAAACUUGUUCCUCACUGUACUGGGUAGCCAUGGCAGGUUCUGAGCAGGGAGGGAGAGGUCAGAUUUGUGCUUUAUGAAGACCCCUCUGGCUGCCAUGAGGAGCAGACUUGCUCAGGAGACCAGGGGAGGCUGAGCGAGCGGGGAUCUGGGUGGACCAGGAUUGAAGGGGGAGCUGUGGUCAGAAGUAUUUAGGAGGUAGGAAGAGUAGCUGGGUCUCUGAUGUCCCACUUUCUGGGAGGAGUAGAAAUCUAUGGAAAUCCUUCCUGGGGAAACUUUUUUUUCAGUAUUUGCUCAGAGCCCCGAGAGUGAGUUAGCGUAUUGUAGGAGUUCUGGAGACCAGCCGAGCCUCCCGUUGUGAUGGGGACAGUGAGACAGCGCCAUCUGGGGGUUGCUUAGGAGUGCGGGGAUGAGUGAAGGGUGGGUGUGUCCUAUGGCCCACAGCUGCUUAUCCAAAGAGGCCACCCACUCCCCUUUUAUUUAUUUUAUUUAUUUAUUUAUUUUUAAGAUUUUAUUUAUUUGACAGAGAGAGACACAGCAAAAGAAGGAACACAAGCAGCGUGAGUGGGAGAGAGGAGCAGGCUUCCCGCGGAGCAGGGAGCCAGAAAUGGGGCUCGAUCCCAGGACCCUGGGAUCAUGACCUGAGCUGAAGGCAGACGCUUAACGACUGAGCCACCCAGGCGCCCCUCCAUUCCCCUUAAAAAAAUUAUUUUAUUUUUGUCCUUUUAUUUAUUAUUUGAUAGGACUUAGCAUUCAAAGUAUUUUUAUUUUUUAAUUUCACGCUUUUAUUUAAAUUCUAGUUAGUUAAUACAUAUGGUAAAAUUGCUUUGUUUUUUGUUUUUCAAGUAGUGGUCAGUAUUAAAAAUUGGGAUAGUUGUGAUUUAAGAAAACACUUCUAGCUUCUCUUGCAAAACCAAAGCGAUCUGGCAGACCAUCGGGAAAGAGAUGGCCAGAUGGCAGAGGAUUUGAGGAAGUGAGAAGGGGACAGUGGGGGAGGGGCUUGGCGGGCGAACGCUGAGGCAGCAGCCUCACCCGGGAGCCAGAGCCAGAGUGUGAGAGGGACAGAAGAGACAGAUCCGGGGCAGGAGCUUCCUGGAGGAGGGAAUGGUGGAGCAGAACGUGCAAGCUGGGCCUGGGAAUGGAGUGGGACAUUUAUAACUGCACCCAAACCUGAAUGAGAAGUUGCCAAAGAAAAGGAUAAAGAUGAAUUGCGACUGAACAAGGAAGAAGGGAAGGAUGCCCUGGAAGCCCAGCUAGGGCCCGACUUUGGCCCCAUGCGUCUCACCCGCUGCCAGGCUGCCCUGGCAGCUGCCAUCACGCUCAACCUCCUGGUCCUCUUCUAUGUCUCAUGGCUGCAGCACCAGCCCAGGAACUCCCGGGCCCGGGGUCCCCGCCGUGGAGCUGCUGCCGGCCCCCGCGUCACCGUCCUGGUGCGGGAGUUCGAGGCCUUUGACAACGCGGUGCCUGAGCUGGUGGACUCCUUCUUGCAACAGGACGCAGCCCAGCCCGUGGUGGUGGCCGCCGACACGCUCCCCUACCCGCCCCUGGCCCUGCCCCGCGUUCCCAACGUGCGCCUGGCGCUGCUCCAGCCCGCCCUGGACCGGCCCGCCGCGGCCUCGCGCCCCGAGACCUAUGUGGCCACCGAGUUCGUGGCCCUGGUGCCCGACGGGGCGAGGGCCGAGGCACCGGGCCAGCUGGAGCGCAUGGUGGAGGUGCUCCGGGCGGGAGGGGCACGCCUGGUGGCCGCCCCCGUCGCCUCGGCCAACCCUGCCCGGUGCCUGGCCCUGAACGUCAGCCUGCGGGAGUGGACGGCCCGCUACGGCCCCGCGCCCUCCGCGCCGCGCUGCGACGCCCUGGACGGAGACGCCGUGGUGCUCCUGCGCGCCCGCGACCUCUUCAACCUGUCGGCGCCGCUGGCCCGGCCGGUGGGCACCGGCCUCUUCCUGCAGACGGCCCUGCGCGGCUGGGCCGUGCAGCUGCUGGACCUGCCGUUCGGCGCGGCGCGCCAGCCCCCCCUGGCCACGGCCCACGCGCGCUGGAAGGCGGAGCGCGAGGGGCGCGCGCGGCGGGCGGCGCUGCUGCGCUCGCUGGGCGUCCGCCUGGUGAGCGGCGAGGGCGGGCGCCUCGAGUGGUUCGGCUGCAGCAAGGAGACCGCGCGCUGCUUCGGGACGGUGGUGGGCGACACGCCGGCCUACCUCUACGAGGAGCGCUGGACGCCCCCGUGCUGCCUGCGCGCGCUGCGCGAGACCGCCCGCUACGUGGUGGGCGUGCUGGAGGCGGCGGGCGUGCGCUACUGGCUGGAGGGCGGCUCGCUGCUCGGCGCCGCCCGCCACGGGGACAUCAUCCCGUGGGACUACGACGUGGACCUGGGCAUCUACCUGGAGGACGUGGGCAACUGCGAGCAGCUGCGGGGCGCCGAGGCGGGCUCGGUGGUGGACGAGCGCGGCUUCGUGUGGGAGAAGGCCGUAGAGGGCGACUUCUUCCGCGUGCAGUACAGCGAGAGCAACCACCUGCACGUGGACCUGUGGCCUUUCUACCCCCGCAACGGAGUCAUGACCAAGGACACGUGGCUGGACCACCGGCAGGAUGUCGAAUUCCCCGAACACUUCCUGCAGCCUCUCGUGCCCCUGUCCUUCGCUGGCUUCGUGGCGCAGGCGCCUAACAACUACCGUCGCUUCCUGGAGCUCAAGUUCGGCCCCGGGGUCAUCGAGAACCCCGAGUACCCCAACCCGGCACUCCUGAGUUUGGCGGGAAGCGGCUGAAGCUCCAGCGCCCGCUCCUGGGGUCUGAAGAACACUCAUGCGCGGGGAGCUGCCCUUUGCUUUGGCGCCGUUGGCAUUUGGGGGGCGGGCCGGGGACGGGCCUGGACCUCGAAGACCUGCCCUGCCCAAGAUUUCCAAGAGCUUGGGUUUUAUUCAGAGCACGGACAGUCUUAGAAAGAGGAAAACGUGUACGUUCUGCGGCUGGACUGCCGCGAUUAAAACCCCAGCUCUACCACUUACUAGUUGGGCGGGCCUGGGCGAGUGUCCCAGUUUCUGGGUGCGCAUCACUUUCCUCCAGGAUUCAGUGGGUGCCCUCGCAGCGUCUCGCUCGCGAAGAGCCCCGCAGGACUCUUGGUUGCUGGGGUUGCUUCCGCCACUAGAGGGCGCCUUUGUCCUGCUCUGGGGCCAAGGCCCGAGUAAGCCCAGGACCUCCCCGUUCCCGUAACUUUCCUAACUCUUGAGCCUUUGGUCUCUCUAAUCCCCCGUACCUGGAGGGACAGGAUGACUAUCUCCCUUCUUCCAGAAUGCGACCUCCCUGCCUCCUGGGAGAGCCCUGUGAGAUGCAUGCUGCUCUUAACCCCAUCUUACAGAGGAGGAAACAGGCUCAGCCCUGAGCUGCAGCCGUGGUUAAGAACCGAGUUCUGGAUGCCAGACCCACUCCAUAUUAACUGCGUUACCUCAUUGUUGUAGAGCUCUGCACCUGUUAGCCCACUUGCAAGGCGGGAUAAACAGCAAUCCUAGCUCACAUAACUCAGCACGUGUGAUGUGCCAGGCAUCCUUCUUGGUGUUGGACACGGAUUAACUGAUCAGUCUCUCACCUCAACCCUCUGAGGCGGGAGGGAGCUGCUAUUAUUUCCGUUUUACAGGUGAGCACACUGAGGCCAGAAUGGUAAAGUCACUUGCCCAAGGUCAGACAGCUUAGGAAGUGACAGAGCAGGGACUCGAACCCAGUCAGGCUGGAGCCCACACUGAAGUGGGAUAUUCUGCCCCUCUCUAAUAACUCUACAUGAGACGGGGGGGGGGGGGGGGGGGGGGGGGGUCCCGGGAGGCCGCACCACUUAGCAGGUGAAGCCAUGGCGGCCUUCCUUUUGUGAUCAUGCACCCAAGAGUAAGUGCUGUUUGGGCAAGUAUCCCAAAUAUGUGUAUUUAUUUAUGAAUUAUAUACAGGUACUACUAUCGUUCUGUAUAUUAGUAAUGAGGCUUAAAUUAUCCCAUUUUAAAAUUUAAAAUAAACUCAGAGGUUUAUUUUAACUGGCUCAUCUCAGUGACUUGUCCCGCACACCCCCUGGGUGUGUGCACCCAGCUUUUGGGACCAUGGAUUCUGAGGCGGGAGAGGGCUGGGGUCAAAACCCAGCGCUGCCACACACCCUUUCUCCCAUUGGGAAUUUGGGCCGCGGUGACUCUCCCUCUCUGAACCUCUGCUUUGUACCUGGGAAAUGCGGGUCAUGAACGCUCACCCCCCAGGGGUGCUGUGAGCCACUUGAGUGGAACGGGCUCAGGAAUCAAGGCUGGGUUUGGCUCCUGGCACGGCCCCUUAUUUUCUUUGUGAUCUUAGGCAAGUCACUGCCUCCCCAAACCUAUAGGAUGGGUGUGGGGAAGGGGUGAUACUGCAGAAGCGGGAAGCCCUUGGAGGAGGAGGCAUCACAGACCAGCCUCAGCAUUGGCCCGCCAAGCCCCUCCCCCACUGUCCCCUCUCACUUCCUCAAAUCCUCUGCCAUCUGGCCAUCUCUUUCCCGAUGGUCUGCCAGAUCGCUUUGGUUUUGCAAGAGAAGCUAGAAGUGUUUUCUUAAAUCGCAACAGAAGAUAAAUGCAAAUCUGGCCCACUCUCAAACGUGGCUCCCACAUCCAAAGUCCGAUUUCUUAGAACACAGCCUCUGUUUUUAGCCACUGAACCCGCAAAUGGCUCCCAGAGACUGUUGGGUUUCCAUGGAGCAUUCUGGAAACAUAUGGGGAUGAUUUGGGUUAUCACUGUGAUCGGGUGGUGCUUUUGGCUCUUGGGAGGCAUAGCCCAUGGAUGGAGAUGUCAUAAUAUGCAGGGCAUCUUCACAUAAUAAAGCAUUGGCCCUUGUCACAUACGGUUUUGAAAUGUCCUCUUGGACAUUCAUGAAGGAAGUGUGAUGUUCAAAAUCGUUUGCAACUGGUACGGUGAUAUAAAUUAAUAUAUACGUCAAUAUAUGCAUCAAAAUGUUUAAAUAUUUCUUUUUUCUUCUCUGAAGAAUGGGAACGAUCUCUCUAUAUAUACAUAUUUCUUUAAAUUGUUUGCCAAGAACAUAAGCUGAAGCUCAAAUCAUUCUUAAAUCAUGCAAUGAUUUUGUUUUAUUUAGAAACUUAGAAAUUGUUGGUGCGAUUUCUUGAUUGAUAUGCUAAAUAUAUAUAUACACAUAUAUAUUCACUUAUUUAAUUACUUUAUUUAUUAUAUUAAAUAUAUAUAAAAUAACCCUGGCUUAGCUGUGAUUUGAUAAGAAAACCACAUCAAGUGCUUCUGGCAACUUCCCAUUAAACUGAAUGCCAUUAGGUGACUUGGGGUCUCAACAGAUAAAGAAUUUCUCUUAGCACCAUCCAUAGGGUUUUGGUGUUUUCUCCUCUCUUCAUUGUUCCUGAACUAAUAACAAUUACACUAAAAACUUUUGUAGACUUUAUAAAACUGCCUGACAGCUUUGUGUAUUCAGUAUCUUUAUUAUCGACUAGGUAGUAAUAGGACAGAAAACCUAUUGCAGCAAUUAA